AUGAGUUCACACCUGAAGCCUAAGCUACUGCGCCGCUUCUAUGAGGUGCUUAUACUCCUGCGAGUCUUGGGACAGGUCCAAGGAGAGCGGAUCCGCGCCCCCGACCUCGAGGAUGGGUCUCUGGACAGGCUUGACCUGAAGCAGAUGCGCAGAUUGGUCAUGUACCAUCUCUGCGUCAUGUGUGAUUAUGAGAAAGGCGGUGCUACUGUCACGGCCAUGGCUGCCCAGAACCAUCCCAGUGGACCACAGUACUGGAUCGCUGUCAAUGGCUCCCUGUCAAAGAUUCGCAAAUUCCUGGUUGAGACACUAGCAUCGUUGCAAGCUCGUGCCGGAGAAACUUUGUCGUCGCCCUCACAAACGACUACAUCCUUUGAGCAGACUCUUUUUACCAAAUUCGCGGAGAUCCAGCGUGCUAGGACCAAGACAUACUGGGACUUCAUGCAAAAGCACGUCAAGACUGAGCUGAAGAGGGCUGAAGCAUACCCUACACGACGUGCCAAGAACCUAGGCUAUGCCGCGUGGCUUGAACCCCUACAAUCGUCUCGUCACAGAAUCGAUCCUCACGGCCUAUGCGAACUCGCUUACCAGGUACGGCGAUCAUCUUACCUACGUGUCGACUACGAUCCGGUCUCUGGAGGCUCUGUAUUCACAGAGAACGAAGCCCGGUCGUCACUACGCCACCUUGUUGGGCGACUCUGUGCUGUAAAACGUGCCGCGAGAAUCUUGACAUAUGCUUGUGCCAGUCACCCUCAGCUAUUCGAGGGUGCCAAUGUCCUCGCACUGAAGUGUCCCGCCGCAACCCCGGCGCCCAGUGCAUAUCCUGGGCUCACGUCAUCAGGCAUCUCCAAUCGAGUCUUUCCUUCGAGCAGUUCUACUGAGCUUCAGGAUUUCCAAGCGGUGUUGCAGCGACUAGAAGACCAAGGCAUGCGACUCAUCGACGGAGUCCGCGACUACUACGCGAGCAAGGACUGGCGACCAAAGGUCCACGCCGAGCUCACUCUGCUCGAAGCUCUGCACGCUCAUCAAGGAAACUUCUUCGACAACGACAAAUACAUCGCUUGCAGUAAACCUGCCUGCUUCUGCUGCUAUCACUACAUCUGUGCACAUCCGGGUGGCUUCGCUCGACCUGACUGCCAUAACAAGGUCUAUCACAGUUGGCAGCCACCGGCGCUGCCCUCGACGACCAGUAGCAAGCUCAAGGAUGAGCAGAGCAGGGUCAUGAAUUCGUUGGUGCAGCAAGUUCGACAGGCUGUUGUUGAGAAGGUCUCCAAUAUCCGGAGGUAUGCGAAGUGGCAUGCGGAUUCAACGACUGGUCUCACUGCUUUCACAGUGGAGUCGGUUGCAGGAUCUGAGGUAGGCGAUCAUUGUGGCGACGAGGAGGAGGUCUUCUCUGGCGCGAGCGAUCUGGUCGAGGAUGGUCCCACUCAGGCCGAUGUCACGUCUGAUGGCAGUGAGGAGAGUGAGGACGGAGGAGUGUCGCUGCUGUGA